AUGUCAGGGAUUGCAAUAAGUCCAAACAACACCAACAGUAGUGUCACGACGGCCAGUGAAUCCGCAUCCAUCACAAGCAACAGUAGCAGCAGUCAGCACUAUUAUAACCCACGUCCCAAAGAAGAACCACCGUCGAUUCCCUUGACGGCAUUUUGUCCUUCCAAAAUCAACUAUCUGGCACAUCGACAAUGCAGCAUUCCCGUACUAGUACUGGGAACCGAAUCCGCACACAAAUUGGCAUGGAAGAAUCAACUACGACUCGUCGACUUACUAGAAGGACUCGCACGGACGUUACCAGAGUACAGCACCAGACAAAUCCCACCCUUUCGAUCCAUUUUCAAAUCACUCUCGCUCUCGUGGAAAGAUGUACCUCUCACAUUUGUCACGCCCGAACAAUUGGCACAACCCAUGAAUUACGAAACGGCACAAGAAAUUCUCCAACAACAAGCACAGUUGCAACAAGCGGACGGGAAUCUCACGGACGAACUCAACUUGUUGGAAGAUCAGGUCGAUACACUCUUGCAGGAUGCCCCCAAUCAAAAUUGCUAUGAUUACAUGUCCGACUACGAAGAACGAGUCAAACAACAAAAACAAGUCGUCAAGGAUGCCUACGCACUCACGUCGCCGCUCAACAUUCCAUGGUUGUUGCGGUAUCGACAUGCCAUUGAUGCCAGUACUGAUCAAAUGCCACAUGACCUCAUUGCUUGUCCACCCAUUUGUUUACUGAUUUGUACCACACAAGAAGUCAAUCCGUUGGUGGAUUGUUUGCGAGAAUUGGGAUCGCGACACUACCUCCCACCCUGCUUUUCCAAUGGAUUGUACGAUCCCAAAGCCAUGCGACAAGAAGCAUUGGUAUUGCACGAUACGGUAGACGGACCUCGAGACUGGGAUGAAGCUGGAUUGCGAUCCAGUUUGCAACGGCAUUUUGGACCCAACGCCAGUAUAGUCCGAAUCAAUGGGAUUCUGCCACAAACGGCCAUGCAACUCAGUCGAGAGGAAACUACCGAUGAAUGGGGUGGGGCGGGACAAUGUGGAAACUGUUUGUCGCAUUCCGAUCGUGUCGUGCUCCGACAGUAUUUGGAAGGUCUGACCACUUCCAGUAUCUUACCGGCGUUGGAGCGGCGGUUGUCCGAUCUAAAUGUUAUUGUCAGUGAUCGAAAAAAGGGUGUCAAGAACGUUUUCAAAAGUUUUUGGAGAAAACCCAAAGAAGCCAAUCCGGAAGAAUCCAUUAGCAAACAAAAAAGUGAAGUCACGUACCGAUACGACACUAUUGAAAGUCAAACGCGGCUCCUCGCAGAUACACUCUUUCUGGUCAAAGAUUAUGAUGCUGCGCUGGGGAUGUACCGUCUGAUUCGAGAUGAUUACAAGACGGACAAGUCCAUGAUGCACUACGCUUCUGUACAGGAAAUGAUGGCAUUGUGCAUGUUCUUUGUGGAUCCCUACAGUCGGGCCAAAGAAAUUGUCAGUCAUAUCGAAACGGCGCUCCUGGCAUACUCCAAAGCUGCCGAAGACGAACGACCGACACCGGCAGGGCAAAACAAGAAUCAACGACCCAAUACUGCCACACAUGCAACGCGGUGUGCGACAAGGCUGUGUCUUUGGUUGUCGUCCACUAACGAAACGAUUCUGGGUGGACGUCAUUUGGAAGUGGCAGAUCUGUUAGCCAGUGCUUCCAGCCAUGAAACUUCCUUGGGUGCUGCAGUUUUGCUGGAGCAAUCGUCGUCGCAGUAUUUUCAAGCCGACCUCUACCGAAAAUAUGCCUUUCACAUGCUCAUGAGUGGUCACAUGUUUCGAACAGCCCAGCAAGAUUCGCAUGCCUUUCGAUGCUUCACUUCGGCUCUGUAUCUGUACCGAGACAAGCCGUGGAAUGAAUUGCAUAAUCACCUACGAUCUGCUCUAGCAGCGCAACUGUACUCGAUGGGACGCAUGGCAGUAUCUGUUCAACUGUACGCUAGGCUGGUGGGAAUUCCUAGUGGAGGAAGUGUGUCGGUGAAGUCACAACAAAAGUUUGUCAACAAUCUAUUGUUUAUCUGCAACGAACAUCCAAAGAAAGCCUUGGUGGGAGCCGAUCGAAUGGCGGCUCCUGCCGAGUUAUCGAAUAGAGAACGAGAUCGAUAUCGACAAGAUCGUUUGGAUCGCAUUGUGGAAGUCAUCGAGUACACCCAAGGAGCGCAAAGAAUACUGGAGCUCCCGAGGGUGCGAUUGCCGACUGUUGUGGACGAGUCACUUCUGGUGGAUACUCCAGAGGACAGGACUGGUCCGUCGGAUUGCCCGUCAUCACUUGGCGUGGUUGAGAAAGGGUGCGAUGACACAUGGCAAGAGCUUCAAAUUAUGACUGUUGCCGAGUUGAGGGCGGCUGACGCAUCCAAAGGUGAUAACCCAGAUGACGAGGUCACCACCAAGGCCUUGGCCAAGAUUGAUGACAACGAUAUUCGAAGUGUCAUCGCGCAAAUCGAUAAAGAAAAGCAAGCACGCCAUCUACAGGAACGAAAUAAACGAUCCAGUAGCUACAAAGGAGAAGUGCCACCAGUUAGAGCACGGGGGGAACCUAUUCGAGUUCGCUUCACCCUUUCCAAUCCAUUGAGCAUUCCUGUCGAUAUGGCUGACAUUCAGCUAGUUGCACAGAUGACAAAUGCUGAGGGGCGCAUCUUCACAAACAUUGAAGCCAUUCGGAUCACAUCCACUCGAACCGACAAGCAGACCUGGACAUUUGCAAGCUCCGACCAACAAUUUCAGGUUCCAGAAUUUGCUAGGUUAUCGCCGAAGAGUGGCGGCGGGAGCAGGGCAUGGACACCAGGAGACAAUGUUGAAGUACCCUACUUUGUCGUUAGCAAAGCCAAUAUAAGCUUGGAUGCGCAAGGGGCGACGUCCAUUUCCUUGGGAAUCUGUCCUCUGAUACAAGGGGACCUAGAGGUGUUGGGCGUUAGGAGCCGUCUAUUGGACGACGUAUGGACAUACCACCCAUUCAGUAUCAAGGGACCGCGGCUCCAUAACACGCGGGAAAACAGAACAAAGCGAGCGAGAGCCGAACCAGUUUUGCUUCGGUCGACGGUGAAGCAGGACAUGCCGUGCUUGACGGCAACUCUUCUCAAGUCUCAGACCGAAGGUUCUGAUGAUCCUCUCAUUCAGGGGCAGAAAGAAUCGUGGACUCUUCGGCUGUCCAACAUCGGAACAGCCCCAGCGACGAAUGUGUCUCUCAAAACAAAUCUACCGUGGAUUAAUAUUGUGAACGAUAACGACGAAUCCUCUAGCGGAGGAAAUGUCACGCUUUCCAAAGUGAUGUCUUGGGAGAACCGAGCAAAGUCUUGUUGCGUGGGUCCUACUGGAACCUUGAUGACUAUCCCUUUGGAUGGUUCUCACCUCCGCAAGCGCGGAUUUCUGCAACCUGGUGAAUCGGUGGAUGUUCCCAUUCAAAUUAGAGCUGGAUCCGGAGACGGUCUGCAGGAUUUCUACAUGCUUUAUCGAUAUGAAUUGGACGACCCAUCGGUCCCUACCAACAGUAAACCCCAGCGAUGGCUGAAAAAGAUGUUCAAGAUUCCUGUUUAUCCUUCCCUGUCAAUGAAAGCAACGUUGUUACCGUCUACUUGGAGCAGGCGAGAGCACAUACUGUCGCUUGAGCUCACCAACCAUCGAAACGACCGCCCGAAUGGCAUCAAAGUGAAGCUCGACAAGCUGAGCCUACUCAGCCGCCGUUAUCGACUACAGCAAAUCCCUGGACAGUUCGCCAAUGAAGACUUGGAAGUCGAUUGGCGAGAACGUGUCACUGCGCAUUAUCGCGUAGUUCCGGUGGGUGAAGAGAGCACGGCUUGCCUUCUGAGUGAGUGUGCUUUUGGAGCCGAUACGGCUACCAUCAGCGAAAGUGCGCUAUCUUCUGACGGUGACUACUUGUGCCUGGAGAAGGCAAGCGCAAAAUUUGAGCGCACAUGGAAUAAGCAUCAAAUAGAUCUGAUGAAUGCUCAAUCUGUGAAGGACAAGGAAGACCAACACCCACAGUCCAUCAGCUCGAUUCGCAAGGCCAACGUCGGUGGUGGCGGCCCGAAGCGGAACAAAAGUCGCGAAGGGUUGGAUGAAAUGGACUUGGAUGCUGUUCAUCCUACUUCACUCUCAAAGCUAUUUCCAGUCGAGAAAAGCUUGAGCAAGCUGGAUCUUAUCUGCACCUGGUCUGCCGAUGUCCUGGCCAACGGCAACGCUAGAGUCUAUGGCGAACACCAGCUUCAUUCGGUGGUGAUAAGACCCGCCACUGAAACAUCUCGGUGCCCCAUCACCAUCUCUGCCACCUAUCCAUCGGAUUGGUCACAAGACUUCGAGAAAGACGGCCCUGCGUACAUACCGUUCAAGAUUGUGUUUCGGAACCAACUGGUCAAAUCGUCAGUCACAUUUGACGUGGAAAUUGUGAAACCCCAAAACUUCGACUUGAUGGGAGUUUGCUUCUUCGAACACACGUUGGGCGGUGGCGAAGAGCUGGAAGUUCCAAUGCAAGCCGUGAUUGAAUCGCCAGGAAUCUUCAAUCUGCAGUCCAUGAAGAUCACAUUGGAUGCUGCGAGCGAUGAUCCUGCAGCGUACGACUUUGGCGUUCAAUGGCUCACCACCGUCAAACCGGCUGGAUCUUCUGUCUUCAAACCAGAAGCGAGUGGAACUGCAUGGGUGUGA